AUGUCAGGGUUCGGUAGUGAUGCCUAUCGGCUAAAUCCGACCGAGCAAGACUCUGACACCAAGACUGCCCGAGAAGAGUUCAAGUCACCUGCGACAGAGAAUCCCACUAAUCCUGCAAUGAAGGCUGUUGCUUGCUCCGAAGAAUUCGAGAACUCCCUGGCUACUAUCCAGGACCAAUGCUCUAGGCUAAGUAGCAUUCUUGGCAGAUCAGUUCUUGAUACAGAGACGGAGAUGUUUUCAUCCAAUUUCAAGACAAGGUCGACUGUAGGGAUUAUGUUGACUGGCUGCAUCAUUGAAAACUUAGUAGUCGGUGGACCUGCAUACAAUUCCCAGAAGUUGAGCAGAGGGGAUAAAAUAGUUAAAGUAGACGACAAGGCCGUGAACUCUGACAACGUAGCAUCGGAACUUGUCGGGUCAGAUCAGCCGGGAAGCGAGGUAAGGAUCUUCGUCAAUGCUUGA